UAUUGGUGACAACUAGUCAAAACUCAAAAAGUCAAAACCCCUCUUGUCUCUUCUCCUCUCCUCUCCACUUUCCCCAUUCCGCAGUCCACGCCUCCUGCCUCGUUCCCUCCCUCCGCCUCGUCUCGCCGACCGCCGUCGCCGCCCACGACGGCGCUGAACUGCGGCGGCGACCGAGGAGGUGGCCACCGCGAACGGAAGCCGAACUCGACGGUCGAAUUUGUGUUGGGCUGGAUUAGUUGUUUGAACCACCUUUACCUUUGCAUAUUGCUGAAAUGGAAAGUUGAGUGCUUGACUUAGACUCUAGUUUCUUGUAAUUCAAUCCCCGGACCAGAGUUGGUGAAGAUGGAGUCGUUGGGUCCUGGGUUUCGCACAAGUUUGAAGCUUCCGGUAAUCCGAAACACGCAAGACUCGUUGUUUUUGCGGCCGCCUUCGUUUUGGUCUCGCCCGCUUGCUCGAACUAGCCAUGGGUUGUCACUGAGAACCCAGAACCGGUUGGCUUUUCGAGGUUCUUGUCCGAACAAUGGGUUAGAAUCUGGUGGUGGCGUGGGAAUAAUGGCGAGUUUGAGUUCUGAGGGUGAGGAUGCGAAACAUGGAGCGAAGAAGAAGUUGGCAGUUUUUGUGUCGGGAGCGGGAUCGAACUUUCGGUCCAUCCACGAGGCUUGUGUUGCAGGAUCGGUUCAUGGUGAAGUCGUCAUUUUAGUGACUAACAAAGGAGGCUGUGGAGGUGCAGUUUAUGCUAGAGACAAUGACAUCCGAGUUGUUUUAUUCCCUAGAACUAAAGAAGAACCCAAUGGACUAUUCGCAAGUGAUCUGGUAGCUGCUCUUAGGAGAUAUGAGGUUGAUUUCAUUCUCCUUGCUGGGUACCUGAAACUUAUACCUAUGGAAUUGAUUCGGGCGUAUCCCAAGUCCAUUCUUAAUAUUCAUCCAUCACUUCUUCCUGCUUUUGGAGGAAAGGGUUACUUUGGAAUGAAGGUGCACAAAGCAGUCAUUGCUUCUGGGGCUAGAUAUUCAGGGCCUACGAUUCACUUUGUUGAUGAGCAUUAUGACACGGGACGCAUUCUUGCUCAAAGAGUCGUCCCAGUGUUGGCUACUGACACUGCGGAGGAACUGGCUGCAAGGGUUCUCAAAGAGGAGCAUCGUUUAUAUGUGGAGGCAGUCGCCGCAAUAUGUCAAGAGCGAAUAGUUUGGAGGAAAGACGGCGUUCCCCUCAUACAGAGCAAAGACAAUCCCAAUUUAUGCAGCUAGUGGAACUAUUUGUCAGCAAUUGGUAUGGCCUAAUCUUUUCAAUUAUGAUAUAUACAUCUGCCUCAUCAGAAUAUUCCUUCUCACAGCAAAAUGGAAGUUUGAGUUACUGAAGCGAGAAUUUUCUUGUUUUUGGAAGGCUGCCUGAUCUGCACUCUCUGUUCAUCUUGGAGGCUAGUUAGAUGCAUGAAUGGUGAAGAGCUCAACUGUGCGCUGCCAUUUGGAAUAUUGAGGUUUUCGAUUUUCUUCAAAAUUCUUUCAAUCUAAAGAUAAUUUAAUUUUCUCGGUGCGCCUCUGAGUUCAUAUCUCCCUGGAAUGCUAAGUGGAUUGGUUCGGCAUUCAUUGCUCUUUGCAGGAGGGGCAACCACUGUUUUUGGCCCUCAUAGAGUAGUUUUUCAGUUCUUUUUCUGGGGUUGGGAAUGUAAUUUGAUACAUAGAUGUUGUAACUCUAAGUUAUAGGUUGUGCAUUAGGUAUUGAGUAAGAGGCAUUCGAUCUUGAUUACACAUCUAAA